CGUUUGCGCUGCUUUCGGCUCUGUCCUGGCGCCGUCCGGGGAGGUGUGUACGAGCCAUGGCUUCUGCCAACCCCUGGGACCCGGCCUCGGCGCCAAACGGUGCUGGGCUACUGUUGAGCCACUUCGUAGCUUCAGGGAUAGUCACGCAGGAGAUGUUAAAUAUAUCUAAGAAAACAACUUCUUGUUUUAUGAACUUCUCCAGACUACAGCAGAUCACAAAUAUUCAAGCUGAAAUCUAUCAGAAAAACCUGGAAAUUGAACUCCUGAAACUAGCAAAGGAUACAGCAGAUAUUGUUCAUCCUUUCUUUUUGGCUCAGAAGUGUCAUACUCUGCAAAGCAUGAAUAAUCAUUUGGAAGCAGUGCUAAAAGAGAAGAGGUCCCUCAGGCAAAGACUGCUGAAACCCAUGUGCCAAGAAAACUUACCUAUUGAAGCUGUUUAUCACAGAUAUUUGGUACAUUUGUUGGAGUUGGCUGUGACUUUCAUUGAGGAAUUAGAAACCCAUCUUGAAACAAUUAGAAAUAUCCCUCAUUUAAAUGCAAAUCUAAAGAAAAUGAGCAAGGCUUUCGCAAAGAUGGAUGUUUUGAUGACUGAAACAGAAGAACUAGCAGAGAAUAUACUCAAGUGGCGAAAACAACAAAAUGAAGUUUCUUCUUGUAUCCCCAAAAUAUUAGCUGAAGAAAAUUAUCUUCAUAAACAUAACAUUAUUAUGCCUCCUUUACCUUUCACUUCUAAAGUUCGUGUCUAAACUGUUAUUGCCAAGUGAUCAUCAACUUUAUUUUUGCUUAAUUGUAUAUAGUCAUAUAUUAAGUCUAUUUCUAGUCAAUUGUGACAUAUUUUAUAGGCUUUGCUGCUAGCAAUACUGAAAGAGUCCUCUUUAUAUUGGAGGAUUAAGGUUCAUUAAGACCAAACUGACUUUUUCUUUGUUUUUCAUAUAUUUUCAUUCCACUUUUCAAUAAAGCUACUGAAGAUUAAAUAUAAUUAUGAUGAUCUAUUAACAUAAGUGAAUUAACCAUUUCUCAAGCAGUAAAUUCUGUAUUGUCUUUUA